CGCCCUGUCCUCCCGCUCCUUGCGUUUCCUUUCUCGCGUCUUCACUUCCUUCUGACUGCCACAAUGGCCUCCUGGCUGCGGGUUUUGGCUUCCCGGACGGGGUCGGCGGCGCCCCGCAUUCGCUCAGCUCGACAGAUACACGGAGCGGGAGAGGAGGUGCGGCUGAACCGACUGCAGGGGGCGCACCAGGGAGUGGCCGAAGUCGUCAUGAAUCGCCCGGCGGCCCGCAACGCCCUGGGGACGACCUUUGUCAAUCAGAUGUCCAGUGUGGUGGAAGGUCUGCGCCAUGAUGACCAGCUGCGGGUGGUCCUGUUCAAGAGCGAACUCCAAGGGGUCUUCUGUGCAGGUGCCGACCUGAAGGAGCGGGCACAGAUGGACCCCAGUGAAGUGGAGCUCUUUGUGCACGGACUGCGGGCACUCAUGAGCGAGAUUGCCCAGCUGCCCAUGCCAACUAUUGCUGCCAUCGAUGGAUAUGCUCUGGGAGGAGGCCUGGAACUGGCACUGGCCUGUGACAUUCGCACUGCAGCCUUCUCGGCAAAGCUGGGGUUGAUCGAGACAUCCAGAGGGCUGCUCCCGGGCGCAGGGGGCACUCAGCGACUGCCACGCACAAUCGGCCUGAGCCAAGCCAAGGAGCUCAUCUUCACCGGCCGACAAAUCGACGGGCAGCAGGCCGCGGGCCUGGGGCUGGUCAACAAGGCAGUGGCACAGAAUGACGCCGGGGACGCCGCGUACCAAGAAGCUCUGCUGCUGGCCAGCGAGAUCCUCCCUCAGGCUCCGGUGGCCGUGCGCAUGGCUAAGAGGGCGCUGACCGGCGGCUCACAGGUGGACCUGGCGACUGGACUGGCCAUCGAAGGCAUGUGCUACGCCCAGGUCAUCCCCACACUGGACAGACUGGAAGGGAUGGCCGCCUUCAUGGAGAAACGGCCCCCCCGCUUCAGUGGCCGGUGAGGGUCACCGUGUGUUCUAAUAAAGCCAUCUGAGUAA